AUGGUCGCGGGCUGGAGCGAUGCCGGCCAGCGGUACCACGAGAUGCUGUCGGCGCCCAUCGAGUUUGGGGACACGGACGCGCCCCCGGGCGGGCGGCGGCUGCUCUCGCGGCGGCUCAGCGCCUCGGGGGGCGACAGCGGCAAGUGGGGCUUCCAGGACCUAGGCGAUGGUGGAACAUCCGGCGACUACUCCGACAAGGUGAAGCAGAACCUCGCGAACUUGCACAAGAAGGCCUGCGACGCGAAGCCGCUGAAGUACCAGCUCGGGGCAGGGAUGACCUUCAUCGAGAAGAUGCAGAACAUAAUGAUGCCCAUGUCGAUGCCAAUGCUGGGGGAAGACUCGUCGCCGGACUGGACCUCCGAGCCGAUCUCCAUCUGGAAGCUCGGGAAAGGGAACGAGUCGGGAGAAGAGGGCAAGGACCUGAAGGAGCUGCUGCCGAAGAGCGUAUGCGCAGGUGGAGUCUGUAAUGGGAUGCUGCCUGGAUGCCACAAGACUCAGGUGAACCCGAUCGCUAUCAAGCAGAUCGUAUUCAAGCUGGACCGGAACUUCAAGUGGAACGCUAAUCGCUCAGGGAAGAAGGGCGGGCUCCAAGUGAGCCCGAAGAUGCGCAACGCCAUUGCGUACGCGCUGGCGCUGUUCCCCUCGGCGGUGCAGGUGGCCAACAGGCAGUCCAAGUCGGCAGCGGGGAGCACGCCAGGAGGCGCCGCUGCCUCUGGAGACAGCGGGUCUUCCUCCUCGGGCACCGCGACGCUCCGCGAGACCCUGGACAGCGCCAUGGACCUGUGGCGCAAGGCCCCCCGCCGCUUGGCCGCGGACGAGGCCGUCUUCGAGCCCGAGGAGGCCGAGGUGGAGGAGGACGUCGGGCCGUUCGAUUCGUUCACCGUGGACAUCCUUGAGCCCAUGCACUACACGCUGACUCGGGAGUACCUCCAGACCCUGAUCGACAGGGGGACCCUCCGCCUGCAGGACGGCCGCGAGGCGGAGCUGGGGCCGAUCGGCAUCCGCGGCUUCGAGCUGCUCGGGGAGGGCGAGGCAAGCCCGCCGUCGCGCCCCCCGGCGGUGGUCGGCGCCGCUGAGCGGCUGCCGGAGCAGGCGCUCACGCGCUUCUCGGAUAACCAGGGCUCCUUGCCGAUGUUUGUAGGGCUUGCCGCCGGGGCGGCGGCGGCCUGCGUGGCCGCGGCGGCCGUCACGCUGUCCUUGAGGCGCCACGGGUGCCGCGUGCGCUACAUGGCAGUGAGAGCCUCGUUCCAGGAGGACACCCACAUCUUCUCCUGA